AUGGCUAGAGGGCUAAAUAUUCUGAAGGCCAAACUGCCCAAGGCCCCAACGGGAAGGAGGCCGAUCGGCUAUAGAGGAAACCACCAACAUGGAAAGUCCCUGUAUGACCCAGUUUACCCCACGACGAAGAUCCCAGCGAGCCUCGUUCCGCGCUACCCGAUAGACUGGCGAAACGGAGGCAGGUUCCUCCUUUGCGUUGGUCUCAGGAGAAUCGAAAACCGCAUAAUAAAACGGAUGAAGCAGAGUCAGGAUUUCAAUCGACCGGAAUGUAAGACGUGUAAUCACGACUGCAUAGCAACUUACAACCGCUGCCUAUGUGCCUGGUAUUGUAAAGACAAAUUUAGGCACGUCUACCAGUGUGAUGAGGUGUUAUUACAAUAUAAGGGAGAAACCCAAACGGAUAAGCCGCUCUUUACUGUCCCUAGGUGGGUGGCCAACAGGAACUCCGAAAGGGGAAUUGAAUAUGUGUUCGAUCAGAAGACGGGGCGGUUUGAAAAUGCCCAGGGGGAAGAAGACAUGUAUAAGCUCUUUUAUAGGAAGCUGCAAUAUGGAGGUGACUCCAAUCAGUAUGAUGUUGCGGGGGGUAGUAGAACUGGCAAAUGUGCCACUGGCGAACGUGCCAGUAACAACCCCACAGAGGAGGAGCAGCUCUCUGGUUCGGACUCUGACAUGACAGACAGCGAUGAGGAGGGGUAG